GCUGCUGCUCGCGCUGACGGCAGACUGCCCGGUGUCCGCUGCUGCUGUUGCCGUUGGGUCGCUGAUUUUGUCGCCGCUUCCCUCUCACUCCACGCUGUUUUUCUGACCGGAUACUAACCGAAACCGAAACCGGGACUUUAUUUCUGUCACAGGACGCGGGAAACUACGACAACAAAGAGUUCACGGAGACGAGUCCUCUCCCGGUCCUCCUCCCGGUGCUGAACUGACCAACAGCGGAGUGAGACUCUUACUGAGACGACGACCACCAAGAGACGUCUGACUGCAUGAGGAGGACGAGUGACGGGACCCUGGUCCUCACCUAGACCCCCCCCCUCCCCUCCCCUCCCCAAACUCCCCCUCCCCCUCCAGACUGGACAUGAGGUCGUUCAGAUCGUUCGCAAAUGACGACCGCCACGUCAUGGCCAAACACGCCAGCAUCUACCCGAGCCCAGAGGAGCUGGAGGCCGUGCAGACGCUGGUGUCCACCGUGGAGGGCGCCCUCAAGAAGGUAUCUGAUUGGCUGGAUGGACUCAGUAAACCCUCAGGGAAGAUUUCGUCCAAUCAGGAGACGGAAGAGAAGAUGGUGGAAAAAGACGCCGCUGAGACAAAGACUGACGGCUCGUCUCUGCUGUGUGGAGUCACUCGAGUCGGGCUGGUGUCUAAAGGCCUGCUGAUCAGAGAAGACAUGGACCUGGAGCUGGUCCUCAUGUGCAGAGAGAAACCCACCAAAGUGCUGCUGUACACCAUCAGCGCCAACCUGCCGCUGCAGAUUCAGACGAUGACUGAGGACAAAUACGAGGUUCAGUCCAGCGUACCCGAGGCCGCCAUCCGAGUCUGCAGCACCAAAGAGCCCCGACUCACCCUGAAGAUCACCCUCUCCUCUUUAGCCAUGCGGGAGGAGCCCAGCACGUCAGAGGAAGGAGACGAUGACAGAAAAGAGAAGCAGGAGGAAGAGGAGGAGGAUGAAGAGGACAUCCUGGACAGACAGAAGUGUCGAGCUGCGCUGGCUUCACUCCGACACGCCAAAUGGUUCCAGGCCAGAGUCACAGAUCUGAAAUCCUGCGUGGUCGUCCUGAGGAUUCUCCGAGACAUGUGCAACAGACUGCCGGGAUGGAGGCCGCUCAAAGGAUGGCCUCUGGAGCUGAUCUGUGAAAAAGCUAUCGCCACCUGUAACCGUCCGCUGGGUCCAGGUGAGGCUCUACGGAGAGUCAUCGAGUGCAUCGCCUCAGGGAUUCUGCUGCCGGGAGGUCCGGGGGUUCAUGACCCGUGUGAGAGAGAGCCCACAGACGUCCUGAGCGACCUCAGCGCCCAGCAGGCCGACGCCGUCACAGAGAGCGCACAGCACGCGUUACGCCUCCUCGCCUUCGGACAGCUCUACAAGGUCCUGAAAAUGGAUCCUCUCCCCGCCAGCAAACCCUCGGCUCGGCUGUUAGAAGGCUGUCAGAAGAGGCUUCGGGACGACGUCGGCUCAGACGACAGAGAUUUCAUCAAACGGAUGAAAGUCCUAGACUGGAGGAUGACCGACCCCAACCAUCCCAUGAAUGCUCUCAUGCGUCUGAACCAGAUCCACCCGGGUCUCCAGUACCGCCUGCUGUCCCAGUCCGGCCCGGUCCACGCUCCGGUCUUCACCAUGUCUGUGGACGUCCAGGGAACCUCGUACCAGGCCACAGGAAACUCCAAGAGGACCGCCAAGCUGCAAGUGGCUCUGAAGGUGCUCCAGGCUCUGGGAUUUGUGCUCGGCGGAGACGGAGACGUGGACUCUCUGAGCGCCGAUGAGAAGUCAGACGGAGAGGGAAAGAACGACCGCAUGUCCACCAGCUCCAGCUCCACCUCCAUCACCUCCUCCACGGACACUCAGGAGUCCAGAGCUCCGGGUCCGAUCCUCACAGCGGGGGGUAAAAACCCGGUGAUGGAGCUGAAUGAGAAACGGCGCGGCCUCAAAUACGAGCUAAUAUCAGAGAGCGGCAGCAGCUACGACAAACGCUUCAUCAUCGAGGUGGAGGUGGAUAAGCAGGUGUUCCGGGGGACGGGUCCCAAUAAGAAGGUGGCUAAAGCUAGUGCGGCGCUCGCAGCCCUGAACAGCCUCUUCUCUGGCUCCAAAUCCACCAACAACAAGAAGAAACGACCGAAUCCUCCUCCGAAGCGACCUAUAACCUCAGUGCUGACCCUUCCCGCCCUCGCUGCCAGACCUCCUCGAGUCCCCGUCAUCCCCCGAGCUCCCUACAUCAGCACGCCACCCCCACACGGAUACAUCCCUCCAGGUUUUGGUGCUCCGUAUGGUUACGGCCCUGCAGGAGCCCUCCCCCCCUACGGUUUUCCCUCCAGAAUGCCCUCAGUAGUUCUCCCUGUCAUCAGACUCCCCUCAACAUACCCCAUCACCCAUCCUUACCCCUUUUAGGCCCUUAACAUACCCCGUCACUCACCCUUGUCCCUUUUAGGUCCUCAACAUACCCCGUCACCCAUCCUUACCCCUUUUAGGCCCUUAAUAUACCCCGUCACCCACCCUUACCCCUUUUAGGCCCUAAACAUACCCCGUCACUCACCCUUGUCCCUUUUAGGUCCUCAACAUACCCCGUCACCCACCCUUACCCCUUUUAGGCCCUAAACAUACCCCGUCACUCACCCUUGUCCCUUUUAGGUCCUCAACAUACCCCGUCACCCACCCUUACCCCUUUUAGGGCCCUUAACAUGUACCCCUAUCAGGACCCUCAGUAUACCCAAAAAUCUCCUGUACACCCCAUAAUGACCCUUCAUACAUGCCAUAUCCUACCUGUACUCCUACCAGGACCCUUACCAUACCCUAUAAUCCACCUGUACCCCUAUUAGAACCCUCAAUACACCCUAAUGGCCACCUGUAUCUCUUUAAGGACACUCAGUUUACCCUAAAAUCCAGCUUUACUCCUAUCAGGACCCUCAGUAAAACCCAAAAAUCCUCCUGUACCCCUUUAAGAACCAACCGUUCACCUUAAAAUCCAGCUUUACUCCUAUCAGGACCCUCAGUAAAGCCCAGAAAUCUCCUGAAGCCUCAUAAUGACCCUUGAUACACCCCAAAUCCUACCUGUACUCCUACCAGGACCCUUAACCCUUUAAAGGGAUACUUCAACAUUUUGGCAAA